CAUCAAUCCCUUGAUUCCCUUCCAACACAUUCGAGGCGUCUGACGGGCACUAGAUUCCCUAGCGUCUGGUCCUUUGCUCAGCAUCACAUAUAUAAUACUUGCUACCUUACUAUACGUGCUUACCCCAGAUUUUAUCUUUACCCAUUUCAGCAUUCCUCACCUGCUCUGAAUCAUGACGAUUCCCAGCACCUCGAAUACCACUGUCGAGCUAUCCCCAUCAGUCAAAGUCUUGGCCAGCAAAGAGACAAAAAGAAUGGGAUCCGUUUCUAAUAUUGAUAUUAUUGACAUACGUCAUGAUGCUGUGGAAGUCAGUCUGAAAGACGAAAUCCUAAGUUCAUUGAGACCUGAGACCGGGCCUAAAAAACUACCGACGCUCCUUCUUUAUGAUGAGCGAGGCCUACAGAUUUUUGAGGAGAUUACGUAUUUGCAAGAAUACUUCCUCACUAAUGCGGAAAUUGAUGUCCUAGAGCGCUCUGCUGACAGCAUUGCGAAAGCUAUCCCAUCUGGUGCCAUGGUGAUGGAGUUGGGAAGCGGUAAUCUUCGGAAGGUGAGUCUUUUGUUGAAGGCCUUGGAUGCUGCUGGCAAAAACAUCGACUACUAUGCGUUGGAUCUCUCCGUGGAAGAACUGAGACGGACACUGGAACAAGUGCCUGCGUUCAAACACGUUAAAUGUCAUGGGCUCCAUGGCACAUAUGAUGAUGGUCUCGACUGGCUGAAAAUGCCCGAAAAUCAAUCGAGGCCAAAAUGUGUUAUGUCCCUUGGAUCCAGCAUAGGUAACUUCCAUCGCCAUGAGGCUGCCUCUUUCUUACGAGGAUUUGCCGACGUCUUGCAAUCGUCCGAUCUUAUGCUCAUCGGAUUGGAUGCAACCGAUGACCCUGCGAAGGUUUUCUACGCAUAUAAUGACCGGAAAGGAGUCACGCAUAAAUUUAUCCUUAAUGGACUCAUACACGCCAACGCAAUAUUAGGCGAACCCGUCUUCAAUAUUGAUGAUUGGAAGGUGAUUGGGGAAUAUGUCUACGAUGGCGAGGGUGGUCGGCACCAGGCGUUCUACUCUCCAACACGUGAUAUUGAUUACAAGGACAUUCAUUUCAAAGCCGGAGAGCGAAUUCAAGUUGAACAAAGCUUGAAAUAUUCAGCAGAAGAGGCUGAACAGCUGUGGAAAGCUUCGGGUUUGAACGAAGUUGGUCGAUGGUCAGCCUCGUCUGAAAGUUACAACGUCCAUCUCUUAACGAAACAAAAUAUGGCGUUCAAUUUAGAACCCUCAGUGUAUGCUGCUAAGACAGUUCCUAGCCUUGAAGACUGGCAGGGGCUUUGGGCGGUAUGGGAUACUGUGACCAGGCAAAUGAUCCCAGAUGAGGAAUUGCUGGAAAAGCCAAUCAAGCUUCGAAAUGCUUGUAUCUUCUACCUUGGCCAUAUUCCCACAUUCUUGGACAUCCAACUCACCAAGGUCACAAGCUUGCCCCCCUGUGAACCGUCCUAUUAUCCUCAAAUCUUUGAAAGAGGAAUUGAUCCAGAUGUUGAUAACCCUGAGCAAUGUCACUCCCACUCGGAAAUUCCGGAUGAAUGGCCGCCACUCGACGAAAUUCUUGGUUAUCAAGAUAAAGUUCGAGAAAAGGUUCAAAAACUCUGUGAGAUGCAAGAUAUUCCCCGUCAAAUUGGCCGUGCGCUUUGGAUAGGUUUUGAACACGAGAUCAUGCAUCUUGAGACCCUGCUUUACAUGCUAUUGCAAAGCGAUAAAACUCGGCCACCGACUGCUGUUACCCCUGACUUUGAAGCCCAGGCCAAGCUGGCAGAGGCUGCUCGAGUACCGAAUGAAUGGUUCCAAAUCCCAGAGCAAACGAUCACCAUCGGACUGGAUGAUCCAGAGGACAACUCUGGCCCAGAUCAUCACUUUGGAUGGGAUAAUGAGAAGCCUCCUCGGCAGGUCGUUGUCCCUGCGUUCAGCGCUCAGGCACGAGCAAUCUCAAACGAAGAUUAUGCUCGGUACCUUGAGCAUACACACAACCCAAAGAUACCAGCAUCAUGGUCUGAGUUGAAAGCUCAUUCGAAUGGCUAUACCAAUGGAAAUGGCAAUGGCUCUGUAAACGGUCAUUCGAAUAACUUUGCUCCUCUAAGCAAUGCUUAUCUGGAGGGAAAGGCCGUUCGGACGGUCUUUGGCCUUGUUCCUUUGAAAUAUGCACUGGACUGGCCAGUUUUUGCUUCUUACGACGAAUUGGCUGGUUGUGCAAAAUGGAUGGGCGGAAGAAUUCCCACUUUCGAAGAGGUGCGAAGUAUUUAUAGCCAUGUAGAUGGCCUGAAGCAGAAGGAGGCUGAAAGGCAACUUGGAAAAUUUGUCCCAGCUGUCAAUGGGCAUCUUCUCAAUGAUGGAGUAGAAGAAAGCCCCCCAUCAAAUGUUUUGCAAAACGGUGAGAGCGCGCAAGCGCUCUUCACAGACCUCAGGGGCGCCAAUGUUGGCUUCAACAACUGGCAUCCUGUUGCGGUGACAGCAAAUGGUAAUAAGCUUGCUGGCCAAGGUGAAAUGGGUGGCGUCUGGGAGUGGACAAGCUCUCCCCUCACAAAGCAUGAGGGCUUUGAGCCUAUGCCAAUGUACCCAGCUUAUACAGCUGAUUUCUUUGAUGGGAAGCACAACAUUGUCCUGGGAGGCUCUUGGGCAACCCACCCUCGAAUUGCUGGACGAAAGACUUUCGUCAACUGGUACCAACGCAAUUACCCUUACGCUUGGGCUGGUGCACGUCUUGUCCGCGACUUGUAACCGACAAGCUGCAAAGCAUCCAGAAAGUAAGUGUUACCUACCGACUUUCAACAGUUGGGCAACAAGGGAGCAAUUGU